AUGAAAAAGAAAGAGACAAUCUACACAAAUACAAAAUUUCUUACACCUCCUAAGCAGCAGCUGAAUCAAAGACCUGAAAAUGCAGAAAUCAAAGGUUCCCCUGUUCCAUCUCAUCUCUGGAAAAUCAUUGCAGUGAUUUUGGGGAUCUUCUGCCUGUUGCUGUUAGGAGUCUCGGUGGCUUUGGCUAUCAAGAAUCAUUCUUGUCUGGGAUGCCCUGACCAGUGGGUACAAUAUAGAGACAGCUGUUACUACUUCUCCAAGGUGAAGAAAGAUUGGAAUUCUAGCCAGGAGUUCUGCUCCACCCAAGAUUCAGAACUUUUGAUAAUCAGUGACACCAGGGAAAGGGACCUGUUCCUGGGGAUUCCUAUAGAAGCCCACUGGAUUGGAAUGACAAAUGUCAAUGGCUCUGGCUGGGUCUGGGAGGAUGGUUCAACUUUCAAUGAUAUAAAGGUUCAUUCAAACAGCCCCGUGCAGCACUGUGGCGUCCUGCUCAAGGAGGCCCUACAGGCCUCCAGCUGUGAAGUCCCUCUCCCAUGGAUCUGUGAGAAAUCUCCCACGUAACCUUCUGCUGCACUUUGCUACCAAAUGGUCUUCACUCACCCUCAGCCAAUGGACCUGAAUCAUGAACCCAUGAAAGUUGCUCGUAGCUUUGUGCGUGUGGGACCAAUUUGGCAGAGGUGCAUUUGGAGUUAAGUAAACAGCAUGAGCAGGAUUAUACUAGAUUUUUUUAUCCAUUCAUA